GCUGGCUGCCUGUCCUGGCUGCGAUGCUGCAGUCUCCUCACGUCAUACAGGCGUCUCACGCAGCCCGAGCUCUGGCCAACCUGGACAGAGAAACCGUGAAGGAGAAAUACCAAGAUGGUGUCUACAUCCUCCACCCACAAACACGUGACAAACAGCCAAUCAAAGCAGACGUGCUGUUUAUCCAUGGGAUUUUAGGAGCAGCUUUUAAGACAUGGAGGCAGAAGGACCGCAAUUCAUUAGAAGAAGAGAAAUGGGCUGAAAACAGCGAUGACUACACAGAGUGCUGGCCAAAGUCAUGGUUGGCAGCCGAUUGUCCAAAUCUAAGAGUUCUGUCAGUGGAGUACGACAGUCAUCUCAGUGACUGGAUGGCCAAGUGUCCUGCUGAGAAUCAAAGGAAGUCUCUGGCCUACAGAAGUCGAGAGCUGCUCAAUAAGUUAAAGCUGGCAGGAGUUGGAGAAAGGCCUGUCGUUUGGGUAGCUCACAGUAUGGGAGGGCUGCUUGUGAAGAAAAUGCUGCAGGAUGCAGCCGAUGACCCAGACAUGCAGGAGUUUUUAAAGAACACUAAAGGAAUAAUGUUCUACAGCGUUCCUCAUCAUGGCACAUUUAUGGCGGAGUACUCUGUAAAUGUCAGGUAUCUCCUCUUUCCCUCUAUAGAGGUCAGAGAGCUCUGUAAAGACUCGCCAGCUCUGCGGAACCUGAACGAGAGCUUCCUGAGUAUCGCCAAAGAAAACGACAUCAAGGUGCUGAGCUUCGCAGAGACCCGGCCGACAAAUAUCGGCCACAUGCUCAAGAUUUACGUGGUACCAACACAGUCAGCAGACCUCGGCAUCGGGGAGRUUAUCCACGUGGAUGUGGAUCACCUCAACAUCUGCAAACCAGAGAAGAAGGACUCGUUUUUGUACCGACGCAGCCUCCAGUUCAUCCAGGAAGCACUCCAGAGCUACAUCAGCCAAUGAUAGAAACUUAGGAGCACAAAAUAACACAAACUCUGAGAACCUCCCACCAACAAACCCAAUACUAACCCCAGUCCACCAAACCCUCCUUGUUAAACAUUAAGAACCACUCAAGUAAACUGUGAGCGAUAAUGUUCUAUAGAUUUACCUCUAACUGUGAAGAAGAUAUUCAUGCAUCCUGUUUGUUCAUCUCCCUUGUGAGUCAAAAACUUUUACGAAUUGUUUACAUUCUUACAAGCCUAAAUUAUUUCCAAUUAAGCUCAGAUAAAGAUYAUUUGUUCUCAAUUUUACCCCCUCUUCAUUUCAGACUUUGCAGCUUUGCACAAAACAAAUACAUUUGCUAAAGUUGUACUUGUGUUUUUUUCCAUAAGUCCUCCUCUGUAAUUUGGAUCAGAGUAGUGGGUUAAAAUGUUAUUUUUAUAUUGAAGAAUUUUACUCAAAUGUCUCCCUUUUUGGUGCCAAAUUUAUUUUUACAAGUCUUAAAAGUUGAUUACCCAUAAUUAAUGUAAUUAUGUUAUUGUAUUUAUUUUAUUUCACAGAACUGGAAAACUUUACAAGUGAUUUCAGUGGGUUUAAAUGUCUGACACAAACUAACACUGCUGACUGCUGUCAAUAAAUGCAAUAAAGUAUUAAAGUAGCAAUUUCUUUGACAUA